GUCGUCGUCGCUGAAAAUCAACUAAUUAACAAAUCGAGGCCUUCCCCUGUUAGGGAUGAGUGAGCCAUUACCGUCACCCAAGAAUGAAGGGAUUGGAUUUGGGUCACAUGGGAUCUCUGUUGCAGAGUUGCAUGAGAGCCAAGGCUUUGAAACCAGGGAAGCAAAUCCAUGCCCUGUUAUUGUCUUCUGGUGCAGACACGAAUGUUGAGUCUCUAAACUCCAAGCUUGUUGGAGUAUACGCAGGUUGUGGGGACGUGGAAUCUGCCACGGUAAUCUUUGAACAGAUUCAUAGACCAAGUGUUUUUGCUUGGAACUGGAUGAUCUCAGCUUCGGCAUUUCAAGGGAAUUGCGAAAAUGCGAUCCGGUACUUCUCCCGUUUACUGCAAGCCGGGAUUUUUCCCAACAGAUUCACGUUUUCUUACUCCUUGAAAGCUUGUGUUGGUAUGAUGGAUAUUAAUAAGGGAAAGGAGUUUCAUUGCGCGAUUUACAGAAUGGGUUUCGAAUCUGAUGUUUCCGUAACGAAUGCUCUGAUAGAUAUGUACAGCAAAUGCGGGGGUAUGGAUUUUGCUCGUCGACUGUUUGACGGAAUGUCCCAAAGAGAUGUCGCUACGUGGACUUCCAUGAUUUGCGGGUAUUCUUUUGGAAAGAACCUUGAGCAAUCAGCUAUACUUUUCGAGCAAAUAAAGUUGGAAAACUUGGAACCCAAUCACUUCACUUGGAAUGCCAUGAUAGCUGGUUAUGCUCAGAAUGGAGACUGCAAUAGAGCUUUUGUGCUAUUCUCAAGAAUGAAGGAAACAGGAUUAUUUCCUGACUUGGUUACUUGGAAUGCAAUGAUUGCCGGUUUUACUCAGAACCAUGAAAGCACAAAGGCUAUAGAAUUGUUCAGAGAGAUGCUGGUUUCAGGACUCAAACCCAAUCCAGUAACCAUUUCUGGAUUGCUCCCUGCGUUUGGAUUGAUGGGGUCGUUACAUAGAGGAAGACAAAUACAUGGUCUGAUCUACAGAACUGGGCUUGAUAUCAAUGUCUUCACCAGUACGGCCCUCAUUGACAUGUACUCAAAAUGUGGGAGUGUGAAAGAUGCAUGUAAUGUAUUUGACCGGAUUGCAGUAAAGAAUGUAGCAUCAUGGAAUGCUAUGAUUGGGUGUUAUGGUAAACAUGGUAUGGUUGAUGCUUCGAUCGAGCUGUUCAAGAUAAUGCAGGAAGAAAGUGUGAAGGCAAACCAAGUCACUUUUACCUGCCUUCUUUCUGCCUGCGGCCAUGGUGGUUUGGUUGAGAAAGGGUUGGAAAUUUUUAGGUCAAUGAAAGAGAAGUACAGUACUGAAUUCAGCAAUGAGCAUUAUGCUUGCAUUGUUGAUCUUCUGUGUCGUUCAGGGAGGCUAGAAGAAGCUUAUGACCUGGUGAAGGAAAUUCCAAUGGAAAUUAAUGAUUCCAUUGCCGGAGCCUUUCUCAAUGGAUGUAGAAUUCAUGGGAGAAGCGAUCUAGCAAAGCAGAUGGCAGAGAUGAUUGUGGCGAUGGAAUUGAAGAGGCCAGGAGGUUUUGUUACCCUAUCAAAUAUUUAUGCUGCUGAUGGAGAGUGGGAAGGGGUGGAGACUGUGAGAAGAUUAAUGAAGGAGAAAAGUGUUGUUAAGAAGCCUGGAUAUAGUUGGCUUGAGAAGAAGGAUGAGUUGGUUAGGUUUAAAGUUGGGAAAUCAGUGUUCUAAAGUUUUGAAGUUUUGGCUUGCAUGUUUAGUGCUAAAGAGUAGAAUGGCCAAAAGCUGCAAAAAAGAAAACAAUUUUCCAUACAAUCCAAUAUUCCAAUGUAUAUUGUGAAAACUUGAAGUGGUAGAAGAACAAGGAGAUGGCUGACGAUGACCUGGGCAGGUUGGAGUGGUGAGGAAGGCCAUGGUGAUUAUGAAUUAAUAGCUACUAUAGUUUACAACACAGAAGACUGGCGGAACAGAGGA